AUGAAAGCAACGGUUGUCACAACUACUGGUCUUCUCAUUGUGCUUGUUGUAGCACUCACAACAUCUUUCACAAAUGCUCAAUUCGGUAAUGCUUAUAAUAGUGCUUAUGGUUAUCAAGGUGGUACAGGAACUAAUUAUGGUGUGGCUGGUGGUAAUUACGACAAUUAUGGACAAAACACUCAAGCUUAUAGCAAUCAAGUAGCUGCAACGAAUUAUCAACCUUAUGCUGCUUAUGGAUCGUAUUAUAGCGGUCCAUAUGCUUUUGGAAAUAACUAUGGAUCCUAUUAUUCAUUCCCAUUCUUUGGAGGUUGGGGUGGAUUUGGAGUUCCUUUCUUUGGAGGUUGGGGUGGAUGUUGGUGGUAA